AUGGCUGAAAGUACCCCUAGUAAGACGCCACAGAUAGAAAAUGGAACGCAGGAGCCGCCGGAAGCCCCGGAGGACACAAAAUUCUCUCUUGAAAAUAUCCUUGGAGACAACCACGAUGCAGUGGAGCGUCCUGAGUCAAAGCGGCAGGAACUUGACGCUUCUUCUACCGCGGCCGAGGGAUGGGAUGAAGAAACCGUUGACAGACCCACUACAGAAGGAUACUGUGUAGAGUGUGAGGAUCAGCCUGCCCAAAUCCGAUGUGAUGAUUGCCAGGAUGACUACUGCGAGGUCUGCUUUGCAGCACAGCACAGGAAAGGCACGAGAAGAAAACACAUCACAAAACCGCUCGUUGUUCACCUUCCGAGAAAACCUCCAAGCGAACAAAAUGGUGACUCUACUGAGGCGAGAGAUGGAGAAAAGACAGACGAAGAUGAUGACGUUGACAUGGCCGAUGAAUCAGGCAUAGAGCUAGAGCGGAUAGAUACAGGGUUACAAACAAGUCGAGCUAAGAACGCUCUGGGUACGCAACCGGCGGUAGGCUCUAAAGUCGGUGAAUGGUUUGUGGAACGUUCGAAAUAUAUUCCGCUCCGGCUGUCUCUCGGCGAACGCAAGUACCUCCGCCUUUUGGAUGCUGCCCUUCAAGUCUCAGAAUACACUGACAAGAUUGACACGAUCGGUUUUGGCCUCUCAAAGACGAAGCGCAUAGUGCUCCAGAUCCGCGAGCUUUGCGCCAUUUUGUCCGGGCUGGUACUUUCUGCGGACUACAAGCUCGGCCAAUCGCUUUUUACGGACCGCGACUUUCAACGAAACGAACAGUUUUACCAGGAUAUUUUUGAACUUGGUCGCCGUCAUAAAAUUAUGAAUCCUGAUAAAAUGCGUACCACGUACGGGAAGUUGAUCUAUCUCCUUCAGGACAGUCAAUCGCCCGAAGUGAAAGACAUGCUCAACUUUACAUGCGUGAAGCCUAUCAGGACCGUGUAUUCAGUCCUGGAGGAGCGCGGUGCAGCUGGGCUGCUCCGCGACGAUCUCAUAACUUCGGCUACAAUGGAAAUCUAUUCCGAUGGUCGGACUCGACGCGAGGUUCAGAAAGAUAUCAAGUCGAAGGAACUUGCCAUCGAAGUGCUCUCCGCUCGUUAUCAGUGUGAUGGCCUGAGCCAAGAGAAAGUCCGUCAAUGCAUAUACAGUAUCGGUGACAACCACGCAUUUUUACGAACCAAUCGGGAUCCUUGCGACCGCAUGAUAGCUUAUCUUAAGCAAUACUUUCAUCCCACGCAAGCGAAGAAUACUAAACAUAGCUUGGCCAUUCGUAGCGGGAAGGGUGGUGCAAGGCUGAGCCAUGAUCACGCAAAACAAUACGCAUACGUGUUGCAGAGUCUUACCUUGUGGCGAGAAAUUCUGCAUGACAUGUUCCGCCUGUGGUCUUUAACGGAGCAAGACCUGCUGUCCGAAACUGUGUCCUAUCGCCUUCGGGACACCGGCCAGGGAUUAAACCGUGUCCAAGCUGCACCAAAAACUUUGCGUAUGAUGCACACUAUCCUGCAUCGCUCACAACAAAGCGUCGGUUCGUGGGUAGGUUCAUCAGCCAUACACAUGGGCGAUCAUAACGUUCCAAAUGCGCUUAUGUUCAUCGAUAAAUAUUCGCAAAUAUAUCGCAUCCUCCUCCCGAUCUGCAAUACCCUUCGGCAUAUACCUAUAAUCGCGGAGAAGCCCGCACUACGGUCAUACAUUGACGACGAGUUUGGUUCUGAAGAAGGUUGUAUCUUAGAAAUACUCACCGAUUUCUUUCGCCAUGGAUUUGAUGGUUCUGGAGCCGACAACUUUUUUGAUGCUGGGAGCUGCAUUGAUGGACGUCUGACUAGUGCAUGGAACUGGUGCGCACAAUUAGAGAAGAAGAGGUAUUUCCCUGUGUUCCUGUUAACGGGGUUCGUUGGGUUUGAUGGGGAAUGGUAA